AUGAUGGCAGGGGCGGGAGCCCCCUUCGCCAAUGGCUGCGGGUCCUGCGCCCCGCCGGAGGCCGAGGCUCUGAAUCUCUGCCGGAGUUUGGAAGUGGGCACCGUCAUGACCUUGUUCUACUCCAAGAAAUCCCAGCGACCAGAGAGGAAAACCUUCCAGGUCAAGUUGGAGACCAGGCAGAUCACGUGGAGCCGUGGGGCAGAUAAAAUCGAGGGAGCCGUUGAUAUUCGUGAAAUCAAGGAGAUUCGCCCAGGGAAGACCUCUCGUGACUUUGACCGCUACCAGGAAGACCCAGCUUUCCGGCCUGACCAGUCCCAUUGCUUUGUCAUCCUGUAUGGCAUGGAAUUCCGCCUGAAAACCCUUAGUCUGCAAGCCACAUCGGAGGACGAAGUGAACAUGUGGAUCAAAGGCUUGAAUUGGCUUGUGACUGACACCACCCAGUCUGCCACUCCUCUGCAGAUUGAGAGGUGGCUGCGGAAGCAGUUCUACUCAGUAGAUCGGAAUCGGGAAGACAGGAUUUCUGCCAAGGAUCUUAAGAACAUGCUGUCCCAGGUCAACUACCGAGUUCCCAACAUGCGGUUCUUGAGGGAACGGUUGACGGAUCUGGAGCAGCGGAGUGGGGACAUCACCUAUGGACAGUUUGCACAGCUCUACCGGAGCCUCAUGUUCAGUGCCCAGAAAUCGAUGGACCUUCCUUUCCUGGAAGCUGGCACCCUGAGGGGUGGAGAUCGACCUGAGCUCUGCAGAGUGUCCCUGGCUGAGUUUCAGCAGUUUCUCUUGGAAUACCAGGGGGAGCUGUGGGCCACUGACCGGCUCCAGGUACAGGAGUUCAUGCUCAACUUCCUCCAAGACCCACUCCGGGAGAUAGAGGAGCCUUACUUCUUCCUGGAUGAGUUUGUUACCUUCCUGUUCUCCAAAGAGAACAACAUCUGGAACUCCCAGCUGGAUUCGGUGUGUGUCGACACCAUGAACAAUCCCUUGUCUCAGUAUUGGAUCUCUUCAUCCCAUAACACGUACCUGACGGGGGACCAGUUCUCCAGCGAGUCCUCCUUGGAAGCUUAUGCACGGUGUCUUCGCAUGGGCUGUCGAUGCAUUGAGUUGGACUGUUGGGACGGGCCAGAUGGGAUGCCUGUCAUCUACCACGGACAUACCCUCACCACCAAGAUCAAGUUCUCUGACGUUCUCCAUACCAUCAAGGAGCAUGCAUUCGUGACCUCAGAGUACCCAGUGAUCUUGUCCAUUGAAGAUCAUUGUAGCAUUGCUCAGCAGAGAAACAUGGCCCAGCACUUCAAGAAAGUAUUUGGUGACACCCUUCUUACCAAGCCUGUGGACAUCGCUGCUGAUGGUCUGCCUUCCCCCAACCAGCUCAAGAGAAAAAUCCUUAUCAAGCACAAGAAGCUGGCCGAGGGCAGUGCCUACGAGGAGGUGCCCACAUCGGUGAUGUACUCGGAGAAUGACAUCAGCAAUUCCAUCAAGAAUGGCAUCCUCUACUUGGAAGACCCCAUUAACCACGAGUGGUACCCGCACUACUUUGUACUGACCAGCAGCAAAAUCUACUACUCAGAGGAGACAAAUAGUGAUCAGGGCAACGAUGAUGAGGAGGAACCAAAGGAGGUGAAUAGCAGUGCAGAGCUACACUCCAGCGAGAAAUGGUUCCAUGGGAAGCUGGGGGCUGGUCGUGAUGGGCGGCACAUUGCUGAGAGACUGCUCACUGAAUACUGCAUUGAGACGGGAGCCCCUGAUGGCUCCUUUCUGGUUCGAGAGAGCGAGACUUUUGUCGGGGACUACACGCUCUCCUUCUGGCGGAACGGGAAGGUCCAGCAUUGCCGGAUCCACUCACGCCAGGAUGCCGGGAGCCCAAAAUUCUUCCUGACAGACAACCUGGUAUUUGACUCGCUCUACGACCUGAUCACCCACUACCAGCAGGUGCCAUUGAGAUGCAAUGAGUUCGAGAUGCGCCUUACGGAGCCCGUGCCUCAGACCAAUGCCCACGAGAGCAAAGAGUGGUACCAUGCAAGUCUGACCCGAGCCCAGGCGGAGCACAUGUUAAUGCGUGUACCCCGGGAUGGAGCCUUCCUGGUGCGAAAACGGAGUGAACCCAACUCCUACGCCAUCUCCUUCCGGGCCGAAGGCAAGAUCAAACAUUGCCGCGUCCAGCAGGAGGGGCAGACCGUGAUGCUGGGGAACUCUGAGUUUGACAGCCUCGUAGACCUCAUCAGUUACUACGAGAAGCACCCGCUCUACCGAAAGAUGAAGCUCCGGUACCCCAUCAAUGAGGAGGCACUAGAGAAGAUCGGCACAGCGGAGCCAGACUAUGGAGCCCUCUAUGAAGGACGGAACCCAGGUUUCUACGUGGAAGCAAAUCCUAUGCCAACAUUUAAGUGUGCAGUCAAAGCCCUCUUUGACUACAAGGCACAGAGAGAAGAUGAGCUGACCUUUACGAAGAGUGCCAUCAUUCAGAAUGUAGAAAAGCAGGAGGGAGGCUGGUGGAGGGGAGACUACGGAGGGAAGAAACAGCUGUGGUUCCCAUCAAAUUAUGUGGAAGAGAUGGCCAGCCCUGCUGCUCUAGAGCCUGAGAGAGAGCAGCUGGAUGAGAACAGCCCCCUGGGAGAUCUGCUCCGUGGAGUCUUGGAUGUGCCAGCCUGUCAGAUCGCUAUCCGCCCAGAGGGGAAGAACAACCGACUGUUCGUAUUCUCCAUUAGCAUGGCUUCCAUUGCACAUUGGUCCCUGGAUGUGGCUGCCGAUUCACAGGAGGACCUACAGGACUGGGUGAAAAAGAUCCGGGAGGUGGCCCAGACCGCAGAUGCCCGGCUCACGGAGGGGAAGAUGAUGGAACGAAGGAAGAAAAUCGCCCUGGAGCUGUCUGAACUCGUCAUCUACUGUCGGCCCGUCCCCUUCGAUGAGGAUAAGAUCGGCACUGAGCGGGCUUGCUACCGAGACAUGUCGUCCUUUCCUGAGACCAAGGCGGAGAAAUACGUGAAUAAGACCAAAGGCAAGAAGUUCUUACAGUAUAAUCGGCUUCAGCUGUCCCGCAUCUACCCUAAGGGCCAGCGGCUAGACUCCUCUAACUAUGACCCCCUGCCCAUGUGGAUUUGUGGCAGCCAGCUUGUGGCCCUCAACUUCCAGACCCCAGAUAAACCCAUGCAGAUGAACCAAGCCUUGUUCAUGUCCAGUGGGCGCUGUGGCUACGUGAUGCAACCAAGCAACAUGAGAGAUGAAGCCUUCGACCCCUUUGACAAGUGCACCUUGCGGGGGAUAGAGCCAUGUGCAGUCUGCAUUGAGGUCCUGGGGGCCCGGCAUCUCCCCAAGAAUGGUCGUGGCAUCGUGUGUCCUUUCGUGGAGAUUGAGGUAGCUGGGGCCGACUACGACAACAUGAAGCACAAGACAGAAUUUGUGGUGGACAACGGCCUAAACCCAGUAUGGCCAGCAAAGCCCUUCCACUUCCAGAUUAGCAACCCUGAGUUUGCUUUCCUGCGCUUUGUGGUAUAUGAAGAAGACAUGUUCAGUGACCAGAAUUUCUUGGCUCAGGCCACCUUCCUCGUGAAAGGCCUAAAGACAGGAUACAGAGCGGUGCCUUUGAAGAAUAACUACAGUGAGGAUCUGGAAUUGGCCUCUCUGCUUAUCAAAAUAGAUAUAUUUCCUGCCAAGCAGGAGAACGGUGAAGUCAGUCCCUUUGGCAGCUCCUCAUUCCGAGAUCGGGGCUCUGAAGCUCCAGGCCAGCUACUCCACGGACGGGCCCGAGAGGGCUCCUUCGAAGCCCGCUAUCAACAGCCAUUUGAGGAUUUCCGCAUCUCCCAGGAGCACCUAGCAGACCACUUUGACAGCCGGGAACGAAGGGCCCUGCGCAGAACUCGUGUCAACGGAGACAACCGCCUCUAGACGCGACCGCUCUGGCCUUGGAGAAUCAUGUGGGUUUUCGCAGCGGACGCCUCGUGGAAUUCUGUGAACUGGUUUCUUUGGAGACAGCGCCGCUCUGGCCCUUCCUUCAGGCAGCCCUCCCGGGUUCUCUGCCGGCAGCCCGCUCUUCUGGCAGAGACACGUUCCACAAAACCCAAGCCAUUGAUCAGCCGUUUGACUGUCCUGGGUCUGUAGAGGACCGAACACCGCGCCUGGCACUGAGCACAAACACCUCGUCCCGACUCCUCCGAGAUUGGUGCUCGCGUCUCGCCCCUCCUGGGAAGGACGGGGCCCUCGUCCCCGCUCCCUGCCGCCCCGCCUCGCCUCGCCGAGCGUGGGGGCUCCGAGGGGCCCGCUCCGGCCUCCCCGCUUCCCCGAGGGGCCUGCGAGGACUCACCCCCAAGAACAAAGUUUACAUCCUCCUGUAGCUUUAAAACCGCGAAUGAACGUUGGCAGAGAGGCCGCCGCCGCUCCUGAGGCGUUGGUGCCUCGCCCCAUCUGGGCCCCGGCUGGGUGGGUGCCUCGUCGGUCACCCCGAAGCCCCGCGGGGGUGUCUGUGAGGAGCGUUUUACCUGGCGAGCGGGGCGAGGAAGGCGAUAUUGCAGACGCAGCAGUAUGGCCCUGGAACACUAACCCUCUUUCAGGAUGGAAUGCUCUCCUGAGGUUAAAACAUGUUAAAAAUAGCAGUAUUAUUUUUUCUUCUAAAUUGUAUUGUAACUAAGUUAUUUACUCCUCCCCAAACGGUUUCUCUCAUCACAGGUGAACCCCCAAAGCGGGUGGCAUUUUAAAAAAAAAAAAAGACCCUUUGCUAACCCCCGACGUCCAGCUUCCCGAGCAGAGCCUUGCACUAGCCCAGGUGCUUCGUGGUGGCUGGUUGGAGGACCUUCAAGCAGUGACUUAGUCAGUGUUAAUGGCAGUCCCUGGAGAAACUGGGGAGGAGAAUAGCCAACUUUUUUUUUUUAAGGGAAAGAAGGCACAUUUUAGGACUAUGUUUUUUUAGGCAUGAAAAGGGAAUAUGGAGUUGUUUUCAAGAGCAAGGGAAGUAUCGGGAAGUCUGUAUCUGACAUUGGAUGGCCAGGUAGACAGCUGUGAGGGUCGAACCAGCAGCCUGGGUGUACCCACCUGGAAUGACCGACCCGCAGGCCCCAAGGAAGAGGCCCCCCUCAGACCGGACUAGGAGAAACCGACUGGUUUCUGGUUGGGAGAACAGAUUCUAUAGAACCUACAAAGGGGGUCUCAUGUCCUAGGCAUGAGACAGUGGGGCCCACCCUGGGGCCGGAGCUUGCAGGGAGCUGCCCCCCUCAGUUUGGGGCCCUCAAGACCUGACUGCCGAAUAAAAAGGCCUCCUGUGAUUCCUCCCACCCCUAAUCGGUGUAUUCUUUAUGGGGGAGAAAGAAGAGGGGCUGGGAAAACUAUUAGCACUUAGUCACCUGUACAGCAAGCAAAGAAGAGGCUGCCAGCUAGGAAAAAGACCUAAUGCAGCAGCAUUUUUUUUGCCUGAAUGGUUUCCAUCAUCCCCCUUAGGGGGUGGGGAGAGAGGGCGGUUGAACGGAGAAGGUUCCAGUUCCUCGUUUCGAAACUUCCAUUCAGACGAACUUUUCCCAUAAGGCCAGCCGCCCAAUAGGUCUAUCCUCUGUUGGUUUGUAAAGAAGUUUGGUAACCUCUUGGCACCUCUCGUUACCCCCCCCAACCCUGUCCUCAAAAGGCCCCCAGCUGCUCUGAAAGCAGACCUGCCUACCUAUCCCCCGCCGGCCAGGCUGCUGCUGAGCAAGCAUCUCUUAUAAACGAUCUCCCCUUUCAAACUCCCAUCUCAGCAGUUUACAUCUAAACUUAGGCAGACUGAUGCCGUUUUCAAGAAGUCGAUAUAAAGCGAUUUCCUAAAGCCCAAGGAAGUAGCCUAUCCCCUAGGAAUAGCAAAUGUCUAAAGAGAAAAGAAACCUGUCCAGGGAGAGGUUUUUAUUAUAGUCAACUUGAGGUGGCUUAAAAAUUGUUGCCACGAAGAAGAACAAUUUGAACUCCAGGCAAUAUACAAUGCCAUCCCAGAGGAGCAUUUUCAAGAAAAUGUCUGUUUUAUGCGAGUGUGUUUUAUUGGGACUCAGAGAAUUGUAUGCUCGAUAGGCUCUCAACGCCAUCGCCACCCCCUUCUCCAAAACAAAGGACUUGGUUGAACCUAUGGUGCCUGGGAUCAGAAGCGGCGUCGCCUUGCGGAGGCUUGGAAAAGCGAAGUUAUUGGCGAUAUUUAAAAGUCAGUGAGCUGAAAGCAUGAGGAAGACCUUGGGCAUCUGUUUUCCAGCCCUCUCUUCUUGUUUCCUCUAGGGCUGUAUUGGAAAGUAGAUGCUAACAUAUGGUCCACCCCACUCCAGUGUUCUUAGUUGUUCCGUUGAUGGGAUUUAAUACAAAAGACUAUACUUGAUGUUUCCUCCUGGGGGCAUUAAAUGACUACAUAGGAAUCGGGAAAAGCAACCCUUUCCCAUUGUGCCCAUAAAAAGAGAUCCCAGGCUACCUUAUGGCAACAUCGUAUGCAUUACUGUAGAGAAGUCAGUUCCUGUAGGGAAUCGGCUUGGGGUUUUAAAAAUUCCUUGAACCCCGUUUUCCAUUCUCUCAUUUUGUUUUUUAAUAUUAGAAAAAAAAUGGUAACAUCUUGAUGCUAGGAGAGAACGCUUUUCCUGAUUAGUAAAUGGUGAGGAUGGACAAUGGAGCAGCAUACCAUUGUCAAGUCUACUUCAUUACAAAAUGUACUUUGUUCAUUUAUUCUGACCAGUUUAGUUUUUAUGAAUAAAUACCUCAGUUUACUA